AUGGUACUGGGUAUGGGACAGGAUAGUCUGACCAACAACACUAGCGUACAAAAGGGCAUCAACCACCAACGGGUAGCCUCAACAAAACAUAGUAUAACGCAUUUCGGUGAUCUCGGGAAGCCCCAAAACCACGUGAGAAACGAUACUGGGAGAAACCCAUGGGCCGUUUGGAAAACACCUAGGGCACUUUCCGUGAACGCUGGGAAUACCCAUAUAGUUAAUUGCGACACAAGGUUUCGCAUCGGCGGGGACGGGGCAGUCGACGACCGAACCGAACACCCGUAUAACGAUGUCGGGAAAAACACAGCGACGAAACAUACGGGCAAAACCCACACAACAGGGAACAAGACCAACAACAAUCGGCACAUCACAAACCUCGGGAAAACCCCUCCCGAACAGUGA